AUGGAUGAAGACGGCCAUCCGGCCCCAGAACAACGAGUCGUCACCAGGCAUCGCCGGCGGAGAGUCGCGCCCGAGAGGCGCAAACGUGUUGCUGUAGCGUUCAUGACUUACACUUGCGUUUCCAGGUGCAACAGCUGCAAUUCGAGGCGCAUAAAAUGCUCUGGAGAGCGGCCAUGCGCGCAGUGUGAGCGCGGCGGGCGGACUUGCCACUAUCCAGAUGCCGUUGAGAUGGUGUCCAUUCCCCGAGCCGAGCUAGAUGAUCUACUACGGGCCAGAUCUUCUGAUACAGAGGCAGGGAGCCAACCUCGGCCGCCCGCCGCAAGACAGCUCGUGGAACUAGGUCAGACAGCACGACGGCUUGGACCGCUGACCGCUGCAUCCGAUGGCCCCUCCCCGCUCGAGGUCCUGACGCCGGAUGAAGGCCGCCUGCUUCACGACCCGGACGGGACGGCGCGCUAUUUUGGAGAGUCGUCAGGAGCAAACUUUUUGAACCACGUCAAGGAAUUCAUGAUGACUCUGCAGCCCCUUGUCACAGGCGUAGUGGUGCAUGAGGGCACAACGUUCUUAAGGAGCGUUGGGUCGUAUCAAACGCACGACUCACGGCCUCUGGGCUUGCUUCCCGUAGACUCAUCGUGGCUGCCUACCCGCACCGAGAUGACGCUGCUCCUCACCGAGUUUCGGUACUUCUUGCAGGACGGGAAUAAUGACUUUCCUAGCGGUGGUAUCUUCUACUGGGGCCAUGUGCCUGUAACACCGGGAGACCCUGACCGAGCCGACCUCGAGUCGAACGGGAAGCUCGCUCUCCUUCAUAUGCUCUUUGCAAUAUCGGUGAGACUUGGCAGUGGUGCUGGAUGGGAGGAGCAGGGGCAUCGAACCAGCCGUGCUUUCUACUCCAGGGCCCGGUCACUGCUGGGCAACCCGCUCGACAUGAUGGCCUCCUCAGAAAGCGAGGUGCCCGUUUUGCUGCUCAUUGCUCUGUACUUCCUGGAGAUGAACCGCCGUGACGCUGCGUACAUGGCUCUAAGCGCGACACUGCACCUAGCGGUCAUGUAUGGGGCACAUACUACGUGGGACUGUGACGAGGAGAAGAAGAGAAUGUUCUGGACGGCUUUUAUCUUGGACACAUGGCUCUCAUCUUGGCUAGGUCGACCUCCUUCCAUGACUGAGACAGCCAUCCGCAUCCAGCUACCACAGCACGUCGCCGGACUGCCCGACCCAGCGGGAAUUACUGCUCAUAUCAAACUGGCACGAAUCUCUCGUUAUGUGACUUUCGAGAUUUACCGUAUUGCCCCGUCAGACCAGUCUGCAGCAACUACUUUGCAACAUGUCGAGAAAGCCCUUGAGAUGCUAAAGGAUUGGAAUGCCUCCCUCCCACAGAAGUUGCAUCUCGACUAUGAGAACUUGCCCCAAGACAGAGCCUGCUGCGUCUUACAUCUGGCAUUUAAUCAGGAAAUCAUACUCACCACGCGGCCAAUUUUCUUCAUCGCAGUCAAGAAAGCCGUCGCAGAUCGCUACAUAUCGUCUCAGCCGUCCCAGAUGUCCCAGGUGUCCCAGGUGUCCCAGUUGUAUCAGGGCACAGGCGAUCAUCCACACGCAGGUAUCAUCCAGCAGAUCGUCACAACUGCUCGCAACAAUCUGCGCCUUAGCCGCUGGGUGCGUGAUCUCAGCCCCAGGCAACGACUCCUACACCAUGAGGCCCACGCCGUCUUCAACGCCGCCGUCAUCGUCCUGCUGCAGCAGCUCGCCUUCCCGAACCCAUCGAUAGACGAGCAGAAGGAAAGGGGCGAGAUACAAAUGGCCAUUGAGAUAUUCGAGAGAGAGGCGGCCUCGGGGAACAACUUUGGCCUGGACUGUGCGAGGGUUCUACAGGACUUGACCUUCCUGGUCCGUCGGGUUCAUGACCAGACUACCACUCGAGCGCAAGCCCAGUCCUUUUAUGACAAUCUGGAAUCCGAUAGUGAUGUGCCA